AUGGACUUGCCAGCACACACUUAUCUGGACCUCAAGGGGAUCCCAUACCGGAGGCUUGAGUUUUCCUCAGAAACCGAUAGAGGGGCCGCCAAUGUGGCCCGGGCACUCGGUUUCGAGGAAGGGCAAAUGGUCAAGACCCUGAUAUUUCGAACCAGUGAAGGGGAAUUGGCCCUGGUCAUGCUGGGUGGCGACCGCCAUACCGUCUCCGGCCACUUGAAGCGGGCCCUGGGCUCCAGAAAUAUCAGCCUUGCCGACCCUAACAAGGUACUUGAAGUCACCGGCUAUGCUGUCGGUUCAAUACCACCAUUUCACUGGCAGCCGACGGGGUUUCGUUCGCUCUUGGACACUGCUUUGACCGAAUAUGAUGAAUUGGGUGUUGGAGCAGGAGUAUGGGGACAAGAGAUCAUAAUUUCGCCAAAUGACUUGAUUUGCGCUUCCGGAGCUGAAGUAGUAAAUCUGACCAGGAGAGACCCAUGA